GUAUUUUUAAUCAACACAAUUCAAUUCACAGGUUUUUUGAUCUUGCUAUUCUGUGUGGAGAGACCAUUGGCCAUGAUGUUAUGUUUGGUGCUGUUAUUGCUGAUCCCUUUGUGUUUCGCAAAUGAUGAAAUCAGUAACAAUGAGGUGAGUUGGUUUGAUUAAAUUUUAAGAGCUCCAGACGUUCUUUUUUACGUGGUGAUUGGUAGGAAGUUAAUUGCAUGCAACUACCUAUAGUAAGUGUUUGAAAUUAAUCAACAAAAGUAUUUUUUUCAAAGUGUUACAUGUGAGAAAAAGACAAUACAGUCAUACCCCGUUAAUACGACCACUGAAGGGGCGAACACUUUCUAAUAAGUUGAGUCGCUCGCUCACAGGCUAUAAAUUACUGCAUAACUCACUUGAUGCCAAAAUAGUCUUGAAAUGGACGUCCACUAUAUAUGAUCCUAACCGGGGUACUGUAGCGCUGGGAACAUCGACAUGCUGUCAACUCAAAGGUUUUAUUUUCAAAAAAAGAAAGGUCUAUUACAGCACGCAGUUGAUAAUGAAGUGCCCGCGUCAGCAAGAUUGCCUGUCCAUGGGAGUUUGUCGAUUGGGCAAGAAACAAGUGUCCGUUUUUCUUAUUACUGUGUGUUCGUAUCAAGCGGGUUGAAUUUAAAGAAAAUGUAAAGGCAUUACCAUGGGACAAAGAAAACUGUCAGUAAUAGAGCUAGGUGUCCGUAUAAAUAAUAAAUAAAUAAAUAAAUAACAAUUAUUUACCGAAGUGGAGGUGGCUAGUAGUGGUAAUUUACUGAGCCGCGAGAGCACUGGAUAUCCGGAGGUUGAGUAGCCACUCAGAUCGAGCGCGCGAAAAACACUAUCCACUGUCUUAGUAUAUACUAAAUACAUUUAUUUCAAAAUGCUAACCACACACAACAAAAGCUGGUUUCCAGGUAGGGCGUCGACAAACACGCAUUACAAACAAAUAGAGGCAAAUGGCAGCAAAUAUUAAUCAGGUGAUUAAUAUUUAUAGGAAUGCGGGGUUCGAAGCCCUGUUCUUCCAAAGACAAUAAAUGAUGCAUUUUUCUUUUUAUUUCGUCGUUUCAUUUAGAGUAACCCUAAGCAGAUCCUAAAAAAUGACUCCUGUAAAUACACUUCGUGUUGUGCAGCUGGAAUUCCCGGCAUCCCUGGAAUCCCGGGACCCGCGGGUCCAGCGGGACUACCUGGAAAUAAUGGACCUCAAGGACAAAAGGGUACACGUGGAUACAAAGGUGAACCAGGUUCUCCUGGAACUCAAGGCCCCGUUGGCACCAAGGGACCACAAGGACCCUCGGGAAAAGCUGGAACAAAGGGUGAUACAGGCGCUCGAGGUCCCGAAGGUCCAAAGGGGGUUCCGGGACCGUUAGUACGUAAUUGGAAACAAUGCGUUUUUCCGAAACUGGCCGACGGCAAGGACACUGGAUUGAUUAAGGUAAAAGCUAAGAGGGCAACACCACAGACAUUGGUACUUCCCGACUGUCACUUAAGUAUUCCAUUUUUGUCUUAAUUCAAUUCUAUAGGGAAUACUUUUAUAUGUUUGUGUCCUUUUAAACAUGCAAGUCAAACCGUGCGAAAAAUUCUAAACUUUUGUCAAAAAUUUUUUUGCAGAAACCAAAAACGUUGCGAUUAAAGUUUCGAAUGUAAAACCACAGGAAUUUGUUUACAGAUGCAAAACGAAACUUAAAAAACUCACCACCUUUCCUUGGUGCUGUUGGCAGCAUAAUAAACAGUAGCAUAUGAAAGCCUAGUGUUGUUGAAGAGCCAUCGUUUUAAUGGCCAUAUUCAUAGCUUCAUUUUAUUAGUAACAAUACAGGAGUUUGUACAGAUGCAAAGCUUUAAAUAACCUUGUACUGCUGACAGCAUAAUAAACAGUACCAUAUGAACUGAGUCUAGUGCUGCUGAAGAGGUACUGGAUAUUUGAAUGAUUCAAAAGUUAGUACCACCUUUUACAGGAUAAGAAACAAAACCACCAGAAAGUACAGCCCAAUAGCUAUCCGAAGCCUGAAACCGUAACAUCACAGGAUUUCGUCCAGAGGCUCUGCAGAGAGAAUUUCGUCUUUACACCGCCGUCAUUGUUGUUUCUGUUUUUUUUUUUUCAACAGGAUUGUGUUUUCGAGAAGAGGUCAGACAGCACAAGUCUGCGCGUCUACUGGAGUGGCCAACUCCGCAUCUAUAACUGCGACGCUUGUUGCAGGCGAUGGUAUUUCACUUUUAAUGGUGUAGAAUGCUCGACACCAGCAGCUAUUGAUGCUACAGUCUAUAUGUAUAAAGGAUCUGGCAGCAGAAAAGAUAAUUUGCACCGCCCACGUCACGUUGAAGGAGUCUGUGAUAAAAUCCACAAAGGGAAGGUGCGCGUGGGAUUCUGGGUUGGCAACUGCGCAGGGUAUGGAAAUGCUGAUGCGUACACAGGCUGGAACUCAGUGUCCCGGAUUUAUGUGGAAGAAAUGCCUCCCCCGCAAGCUGAAAAUUAA